UUCCGCCUACGUCACUCCCUCUCACAACACGGAAUAUGGCGGCCAGCUCAGAUCGGAUUCCUCCUCCUUUCCCCGCCACGGAGGAGCCGGGAGUCGGACCGUCUGACAUGGCAGAUGGAGACAGCGACGAGGGAGAGGACAUAUUCAGUAACCCUAUGGCUGUGAGUCGAGGAGUUUCUCAGCCGGACAAUGUCAACGAAGAACCUCCAGAUCUGUUCAGUGAGGAGGAGGAGGCCAGCAGCACAACUGUCAAAUCCAACGGAGUUCACUCUGAUGAUGACAACGACCUGUUUGCUGAUGAAGAGGCACACGUUGAGCUGAGCACAGACGCACCUGGCAGCUCUGCCCGGAAGGAGCCCUCCACCUCCUCUGGCCCUCGUCCCGCCUCCUCCUUCACUCGGAGCCCUGCAGCCAUGCAGCCCACAUCUCUGGAGCAGUUGGAGGAGGAAGAAUCCAAGGAUAGUUUUGAUGUGGAUGUUGCGGUCACCAACCCUGAGAAAAUUGGAGAUGGCAUGAAUGCAUAUGUGGCCUACAAAGUAUCCACCAGGACCUCCUUGGCCAUGUUCAGGAGUAAAACCUUCUCUGUGAGGAGGCGUUAUAGUGACUUCCUGGGUCUUUAUGAGAAGCUGUCAGUUAAGCAGUCGCUCCACGGCUGCAUCAUUCCACCACCACCCGAGAAAAGUGUCGUAGGAAUGACUAAAGUAAAGGUGGGAAUGGACGACCCGUCAUCAGUAGAGUUUGUGGAGAGACGAAGAGCAGCUCUGGAGAGGUAUCUUCAGAGAGUAGUGUCUCACCCAUCGUUACUACAAGAUCCUGACGUCCGUGAGUUCUUGGAGAAAGAGGAGCUACCCAGGGCAGUGAGUACUCAGGCACUGAGUGGAGCUGGCUUCCUCAAAAUGAUCAAUAAAGCAUCAGAUGCUGUCAACAAGAUGACCAUCAAGAUGAACGAGUCUGACACCUGGUUUGAGGACAAGUUCCAGGAGGUGGAGAACGAGGAGCAGCAGUUGAGGAAGCUUCAGGCGGUGGUCGACUCCCUGGUCAACCACAGAAAGGAGCUGUGUGGGAGCACGGCAGUAUUUGCCAAAAGUAUGGCCAUGUUGGGAAACUCUGAGGACAACACAGCCUUGUCGCGGGCCCUCUCCCAGCUGGCAGAGGUGGAGGACAAGAUGGAGCAGCUGCAUCAGGAGCAGGCAGCCAGUGACUUCUUCAUCUUUGCAGAGCUUCUGGCCGACUACAUUCGCCUGCUGGGUGCUAUGCGCGGGUGUUUUGACCAGCGUGUGCGGGCGUGGCAACGAUGGCAGGAGGCUCAGAGCACACUCCAGAAGAAGAGAGAGGCCGAGGCCAAGCUGCUGUGGGCAAACAAGCCGGACAAACUCCAGCAGGCCAAAGAAGAGAUCACUGAGUGGGAGGCGAGGGUUACUCAGCACGAAAGAGAUUUCGACAGGAUUGGUAUGACUGUACGCAAGGAGGUUCUCAGGUUUGAGAAAGAAAAAGCCAAGGACUUCAGGAGCCAGAUAGUCAAAUAUUUGGAGGCCAUGCUGCAGUCUCAACAACGGCUUGUAAAGUUUUGGGAGGCGUUCCUGCCUGAGGCAAAGGCAAUAGCUUAAUGAAGAGGGAGACUUUUUAAAGACCCCAACUGCCUUUUUUGAACACUUUACCUCUUGACCACAAACUGAGAGGACAAUUUUGCAACACACAAGAAACUUCCAUCCAUUUUUUUUCUCUUUUGUCUUUUUAAUCAUAGUGUAUUCUCUUACCUUGUACAGUUAUUUGAUAUAACAAGCUGCCGCAUUUACACGAAAUUUUUUUUUGGCACAAUUCCUUGUUUAUGUUCUUGACUGAAAGAUGGUAUAAAGCAGGAGAUUAAUCUGGUCUUACUAUUUGGAAAACCCACUCUCUGUCAAAGGGUGUAUAUUGAUGUUUCUUGCUUAAACUUUAAUAAAGUGUUAACACUGAGGUACUGCCCUAGAGUAACCUUGUCUAUAGUUUACAUUAGAAGAUAAACGUAUGUAAGUCAUUCCAGUCUCUUAACAGCUUAUGUUGAUGGAUGCAUGUCAGAAAAUGUUUUGAUGCACUAAAACGCAUUGUACAGUUGGAAAAGCUGUUUUUUAAUAAAAUGCCACUAUUGCUGACUGAGCUCAUUUACCAGGAGUAUUAGCACAUUGUUAAUGUAUCACACAAUGCAUAUUAGAUCAUAGAAAUCCUAUUCAAACUCAGAUUUGACAAGGUUACAGGCUUGUCAGAGUUGUUACAACAUGAUAGAAGAAAUCUAAAGUUACAGUGGGUGCAAGUUGGGAAAAUGUAAUCACUGCUUUUGUUGGUAUUUUCUACAAUGAUGUAUUUGCUAGAAUCAUGUUUAUUAUAUUAAUCAAUUUCUGCAAUUUAAGUUUUAAGUACUUCUUGUAUCAGAGAUUGAGGCACAAACUCAUCUGGAACUGCUGCAGAGACUUUUUACUGUCUAUAAAUGACUAUUGACAUGUAUGUACACAUGUACAGUACUUUAAUUGAAUCAUAAAAUUACUGUCAUAUUAUUAGUGACCACACAUUUUUUGAUAAAUUAGUUUAACGAUGACAAAAAAACACAGACAUUCAAGUGAUAUGGUCCCUUAUUUUCUUAUUCAGCAUUUGUAAGAGUGUUUUUUCUUUCAUGUCAUCUUUACGUAAGAAUGUACUUUAUUUUUGUAACCACCUUGCAUUGGCACACACAUUUUCCUGGAAGCACUAAAAAGAUGUACAAAAUAAAUAUGAUUGGUUAAGCUUU